AUGGAUAAAGAAAAGUCGACAACAACUGCUGCUAAUAGCUUCUCCUCCGGAUCCACUAUAAAAAAGCCCAAUAAGUUAUCAUCAUUAUCCUCGUCUACUGCUAGUGAACCAUCACCAGUAGCCGCAGCCAUCACCACUACCAACAGUACUGCUAUGCUGCCUGGUCGAGUUCAUCGCAUUCUACAAAAUUUCCUUCUUAUCUGGCUCGAUACUAAUAUUGAUGAGUCAAAGCAAGAUUUUAUAAAUUCAUUAACGCAGCUACGACACCUCGUGGCAUCAAUCACAACAUUUACAGGUGCACAAGAAUGUGUUAAUUUCCUCAGAGACAUUAAAAAAGAAAAAGUAUUUAUGAUUGUGUCUGGUUCAUUGGGACAACAAAUCCUACCGGAAAUUCAUGCAUGGCCACAAUUAGAUUCUAUCUAUGUAUUUUGUGGAAAUCCAUCACUCCAUGAACAAUGGGCCAAAACAAUGUUUAAGGUAAAGGGUGUUCAUAAUGAUAUCGAGCCAAUUUGUAAAGCAUUACAAAGCGAUCGUGAACGAUGUGAUCGAUCUUUGAUCUCGAUCAGUUUUCAUGGCACUGAUGCGUUGUUUAUGUACACGCAGUUGGUCAAAGAAGUCCUUUUGGAAAUCGAUGAUGACGACGCUAAAUCCAUCAAAGAACUCGUUGAGUAUUGUCGUCUUCAAGAUGAUAUUGCUGAAGACGAGAUUAAACAGAUCGAACAAGAAUAUCAUAGUCAUACACCCAUUUGGUGGUAUACUGCACCAUAUUUUAUUCAUUCGAUGCUCAAUCGAGGCUUGCGGGUACUUGAUGUCGAUAUUAUUCUGAAAAUGGGUUUCUUUAUUCGGCACCUACAUCGACAUAUUGAACAAUUGCAUCGCCAACAACAAUCGAAGGCGCCAACGGGACUACUUCAAGUAUAUCGAGGUCAGGGUUUAUCUCUUCAAGACUUUGAAAAGAUGAAACAAACCAAAGGAGGACUUAUGUCUUUUAAUAAUUUUUUGUCAACAAGUCGCAACCGUGACAUUUCUCUAAAGAAUUUUGCACGCCCGGCAGCACUAGACACUAAUUCAGUUGGCAUACUCUUUGUUAUGACCAUCGAUCCAAAAGUCUGCGACGCAUCAUCAUCAUUGACCCCUUUUGCCGACGUCACAAAAGUUAGCUACUACCAGGGUCAAGAAAAAGAAACUCUUUUUUCAACACACACGAUUUUUCGCAUCGAUAAAAUUGAACGGAUCGUGGAUGACCAUACUGAUCGCCUAUGGCAAGUUAAUCUCACCUUUACAGGCAACGACCAUCAUGAUUUAAAUACACUCGCGGCACACAUACGCAAGAAGCUCAGCUUGAUGACAACAGGAUGGUCUAGACUGGGUCGUAUACUUAGUAAAAUAGGACAGUCUGCAAAAGCAGAACAACUCUAUCAGCUUCUCCUCAAAGAAGCAUCUUCCGAUAACGAUCAAGCGAACUACAAUUCUCAACUUGGUCGAGUCUUCUUCUUACAACAACAUUGGGAUGGUAUAUUAUAA